CUACUGCAGCAUUUCGACUCAACACUGUACUGCUAUUACAUCGGCAGGACAAUUUGAAGACUGAAAUGAAAAGCAUGGCCUCCAUUAUUACAAAUAAAAGCGCCUGCGUACGUACGUGCGGGCAGCGCGCCUGCCCGCUCCUAAAAGAAGGCCUCACUUUUGUCUCAAAUUUGGUCCCUUUUCACAUUCUUGGGAGGGCCCGGUUCUGAUGCGUGAGCCGCACGUGGCGCGCAACCGCGUCCGCCCUGACCGGGCGGCUUCACGGGCACCGCUGCCAAAAGCAAAGUGAGAAGUAGCAUCAGCAAAGCCCCAGCCUUGCCUGCUUUUUCCUCAACAUACACACACCAACACGUAUUCACUAAGUUUUGGAUUUUGGAGUAUAUAUUGUAUACCUACCCGUCGAAUCAUAUAUCUGUUCAGAACAAUACGGACAGAGAGGAGGAGGAAUCAGAGAAUAUGAUGGAGGACGGAGAUAUAUCUGGGGAAAAGGAAAUGGAAGACGUUGAAUUGGGAGCAAGCAAUAAUAGCGAGCAGGAGAUUCGCAACAGCGACAGUAACAAUGGUAAAGCGGAGAUAUGUCUGGCGACGGCGUCGUCGAUGUUUCCGGGGUUCAGAUUUUCGCCGACGGACCAGGAGUUGAUAUCGUAUUACCUGAAGAAGAAAUUGGAAGGGAUUGAUAGUUGCGUGGAGCUCAUCUCGGAAGUUGAGAUUUGGAGACACGAGCCUUGGGACUUGCCCGCCAAGUCUGUAGUGCAAUCAGAUAACGAGUGGUUCUUCUUUUCGCCCCGUGGAAGGAAGUAUCCAAAUGGAUCGCAGAGUAAGAGAGCUACUGAAUCUGGCUACUGGAAGGCCACAGGUAAAAACCGGAAUGUAAAGUCUGGUUCAAAUGUGAUUGGCACAAAAAGGACACUUGUCUUCCAUACUGGUCGUGCACCUGAAGGUCAGAGGACGGAGUGGAUCAUGCAUGAGUAUUGCAGUGAUGAAAAACAACCUCAGGACUCCAUGGUUGUCUGUCGACUUAGGAAGAACAAGGAGUUCCACUUGAAUGACACCCCGAGAAAUUUGAACAAUCAUUCUUCUCCUGAUAAUAUUAAUAAUAAAACCUAUUGUGAACUACAACAUGCUGGCGGUGUGACAGAUGUCACAGAAUUAAGUACGGGGGGCAGCUGCUCAAACCCCUGCUCGAGUACUUUGAAUUUUCAAUCAGUUAAGCAGAUCGACUCUGGAUUUGAUUAUGAUCAGACCAAUGAAAUCCUUUCAUCCCAUAACCUGGAGGACUAUGACAAUGAAGAUGACUGUUUCGUGGAUAUAAUGAGAGAUGACAUAAUAAAGCUAGACGAUUCUUCCUUAAGUACACCUCUUCAUUCAUUGUCAGUAAUUAGAAACAAGCAUCUUGGACCAGAUAAGCAACAUGUUGAAGGUUGUGAGCCCCGUUUGCUUCCCCCCCAAGGCACUGCAAAUCGAAGAUUAAGACUAAGAAGGGAAAAAGUAGCAUUCUUUGAGGCAUCAUAUCAAGUUAAGAACAUGAAAACACACGCCGAGGAGAUCUCCAUACCAGAUAAAGAGCAAUUGCUAGGUCAAAGACUGAAAAGUUUGUUCAUCUAUGCUCUUAUUGUAGUUACCCUUAUCUUACUCUUUCUGUUGCUCUCCUCAUUAGAGGGAUCCCACCUUGUAAAAUGGUUUGGAGACUUUCAUCUCUGAAGAACAUGAGACUUUAUUACCAGACUAGAAUGUCAGUCAUCUUCAAUCAAGGAUUGGUUGCUUUAAUGAAAGUAUUACCUUUUCUUAGGAUUGACCAGGAGAAGCAUAUCCUGUCUGGCUUAUCUCAACGUUUGAUAUUUGGCUUAUCUCAUUGUUUGAUGUGUGGGACCCACAUCUGGAGUGGUAAGGCCCAUGUUUAUUUGGCCUUCUAGGGCUUUAGCAGGGUUUAAACUGAGGAGUGUUGUAAUUGUUGACAGAAACAAGAUUACUGUUGGUGGAUUUCUUCACUUAUGAUGAUAUAGAAGACUUGCAUAUUCUUUGUCAUUUUGAAAGAGGUGUUUGGCCACUUGAAGACUCCAAUGAUGGGAGGCUUACUUAUUUCUACUACUGCUAACUUGCUAAGAGGUUGGAAGGAAUAGCAGCCCUGAUCACUGGUGGUGCAGGUGGCAUUGGAUCUGUCACAGCAAAGCUCUUCUGUCUAAGUGGUGCUAAAGUCUUCAUAGUAGCCGACACCAGAGAUGAGCAAAGGCAUUCCCUCUGGAAAGAUUCACGCCAUGCAGACAAUCAGUUUGCCCACUG